GCGUUCUGGCGCACAAUUGCAUUAACCAAAAAACUUAGAGAAUUCCGAGCGAUUGCUCUCACUUGUCACUCAUACCAUGCCGGUUGUUUCAAUACCUGCCGGUGCUCUCUACGCGCAUUUGGGGAGAGAGUAUACUGACGAAGAAUUUGAUGAGUUGUGCUUUCGUUUUGGACUUGAACUGGAUGAAGUUACUUCGGAAAAAGAUUUAGUUGCUCGUGAGCAAGGAAGAGAUAAAGCUGCAAACUGUAGUUCAGAAAAAUUAUUUAAAGUUGAAGUCCCAGCCAAUCGGUACGAUCUGCUGUGUCCAGAGGGUAUUACUAGGGCUUUGAUGAUUUUCAACGCUAGUUCAGAGCUUCCACAUUAUCGGCGGUUAGAAGUGAAGAAUCCCAUCAGUUUGACAGUUCGAUCGGCGACACAAUCUGUUCGACCAUUCGUUGUCGCAGCUGUCCUCCGUAACGUGGUGAUGGAUGAAACUAGGCUCAAUAGCCUACUCGAUUUGCAAGAAAAACUUCAUCAAACUGUCUGUAGAAAGCGUUCUUUGGCGGCCAUUGGAGCACACGAUUUGGACACCAUAAAGCCACCGUUUGUGUAUGAUGCUCGUCCACCGAAGCAAAUACGUUUCAUUCCUCUCAACAAAACUGAGUCUCAUACUGCGGAAGAACUGGUGGAAUUAUAUGCGUCCGAUUCCCAUCUGAAGUCGUACCUUCCACUGAUUCAAGACAAACCACUCUAUCCGGUAAUCGAGGACUCUUGCGGGACCAUCCUGUCCAUGCCUCCAAUAAUCAAUGGGGAACACAGCCGAGUUUCGGCCAAAACUCGCAACAUUUUCAUAGACAUAACGGCCACCGACUUAUACAAGGCGUCGGUUGUACUUGACACCUUGGUUACCAUGUUUUCGGAAUAUUGUGAAGUCCCUUACACGGUUGAACCGGUAGAAGUUAUACAGCAUGACGGAAGCCGUCAACUAUUCCCCCGCCUUGAGUACCGGAACGAAGUUAUCAGUGUGGAUUUCGUGAACCGACUGUUGGGCACUCAUUUCUCGGAAGCAAAAAUCAGUCAUCUGCUUCACCGAAUGGGUCUGAUCACCACAGCCAUCAGCAGUAUAUGUUCGGACUACCCGAACGCCGACUCCAAUUCAGUCACACCAUCUGGUUUGUUAUCAGUUCUUAUCCCACCGACGCGUCACGACAUAUUGCACGCUUGUGAUAUUGUGGAAGAUGUCGCCAUUGCGCACGGCUACGAUAAUAUUCCGGAACAGCUGCCAACAACCUAUUGCAUCGCUCAAAUUCAGCCAGUCAACCGCCUUUCGGAUAUGAUACGCACGUCGGUCGCAGAGGCCGGGUUCACAGAAGCGCUUAGCUUCUCUCUCCUGGUUUUCUCAUCCUUACGGGUCGCAGAGAUUAUGGCCUAA